AUAAAAAGAAAAGCAGUAGCUCUGUCUGCCUGUCUCUAGCUAGCACCUCUCUGGUUUUACGCCGGUUGGCAGCUUAAAGCCUUAAACCGCUCAACACUUCCUUUAUUUAUGUCCACCUGCGAUUGCUAUCGACACCUCCUUCUCUUCCCUUCUCUUUCUGUGUUUUCUCCAUAUAGAGACACCACCAAAUCACAAAUACUGGGUUGUUGCAUGCAUUGUAUUUCUAGCCCCAGCUAGCUGGAGCUCAUCAAACUUCAGUUUAAACGAUCUCUUGAUGAAAACCAAAAAAUAAAGAUAAAAAGAUUGAGUUUAAAGCACUUUCUUUUUAGUAGGUAUUUUGCUUAGCUAGUAGCUUCGUGACGACUAUCGUCCUUUAGACAUGGGAUGUGGGUGUUUCUGAGCAAGUAACAGUUAAGAGUUUGUUUGAGUUUUAAAGGGAUUACUAUUUGUUUUGCUUUUCAAACCAGAAAGAAAAGAGAGAGAUAGAGAGAGAGAAGGAAAUUAAUAAUGGCACCAGCUACUAACUGGCUUUCUUUUUCACUCUCUCCAAUGGAAAUGUUGAGGUCAUCUGAAUCUCAGUUCAUGUCUUAUGAGAGCUCCUCUUCUGCCUCUCCUCACUACUUGUUCGAUAACUUCUAUGCUGAUGGCUGGGCACACCCCAAAGAAUCACAAGUCACGACCACAACAAUGGCAGAGAACUCUAAUAUUCUGACAAGCUUUAUAGGCCCAGAAACUCCACACCAACAAGUCCCAAAACUGGAGGAUUUUCUUGGAGAUUCUUCAUCAUCUAUUAAUGUUCGAUAUUCGGAUAAUAGCCAGACAGAGACCCAAGACUCGUCCUUGACCCACAUCUAUGAUCAUCAGGGCUCUGCAGCGGCUUACUUCAACGAGCAACAAGAUCUUAAAGCUAUUGCUGGGUUCCAAGCCUUCUCGACUAACUCAGGCUCAGAGGUUGAUGACUCGGCUUCAAUAGCUCCCACACAGGUUGGUGGUAUUGAGUCGACUGGGAACGAGUUGGGGUUCUCUAAUAAUGCGGCCUUGUCACUUGGGGUGAAUAAUGAUACUAGCAAUAAUCAGGGUGGCUCAACAGAGAAGCUUGCUAUUGUUUCUGCUGACAACGAUUGCUCUAAAAAGAUUGCUGACACCUUUGGUCAGCGAACUUCUAUUUACAGAGGAGUUACCAGACAUCGAUGGACAGGCAGAUAUGAAGCGCAUCUAUGGGAUAACAGCUGUAGGAGAGAGGGUCAGGCUAGAAAAGGGCGUCAAGUAUACUUAGGUGGGUAUGAUAAGGAAGAAAAGGCAGCUAGAGCUUAUGACUUGGCAGCUCUAAAAUACUGGGGUCCAACUGCAACCACCAAUUGCCCUGUUUCGAAUUAUACUAAAGAACUGGAGGAUAUGGAGUAUGUGUCCAAGCAAGAAUUCAUUGCCUCAUUGAGGAGGAAGAGUAGUGGUUUUUCACGGGGAGCCUCUAUUUACAGGGGUGUCACAAGGCAUCAUCAACAGGGUCGUUGGCAAGCGAGGAUAGGCCGUGUAGCUGGAAACAAGGAUCUCUACCUUGGAACAUUUGCCACAGAAGAGGAAGCAGCUGAGGCGUAUGAUAUAGCUGCCAUAAAGUUUAGGGGUCUGAAUGCAGUGACCAAUUUUGAGAUGAACCGAUAUAAUGUUGAAGCCAUCAUGAAGAGUGCUCUUCCAGUUGGUGGAGCAGCAAAGCGCUUAAAGACCUCACUAGAUGCCGAGCAUAAACCAAAUGUAAGCGACAACCACCAGCCCCAGCCGCGGUGCAACAGCUAUAGCACCAACAACAACAUCAGUUUUGCUGCUGUUCAGCCAGCUUCUACUGCAGUCCCAUGUGGUAUUACAUUUGAUGCUUCCACGGCGCUUUAUCAUCACAACCUCGUCCACCACCUCCAAACCACCAACAAUUUCGCAGCAACUGACUCCUCCGGUUCCACCUCAUCCAUGGCAACUGCAAUGACUACUUUGCCACAAACAGCUGAGUAUUUUACAUGGCCUCACCAAACUUAUUGACCAAAUUGCAGUUUUGACAUCAGAAAUUCAGUUAACAUGCAGUAGCAACAAACUUUCACUUUUUGGUGGAGCUUCUAGCUAGCUUGCUAGCUGAAAACUUUAGCUGACCCACCUUACCCUAAUGUUUACCUUAACUUUUGGUGCUGGACUGGUAAAGGUAUAGGAGGUUUUUUUGGUUUAAUAUAGUUGUAGUUAUGGCAGGAUGCUGGAUUUUGUAUGCGACUCUUUUAAGUGGGUGUUAGAUAAGACCUGUUUCAUUAAUGAUGAAGGAGAUCCAUCUGGUUGUGGGAA